GGUUAAGAGUCGCAAUGAUAUUCACAAACAUAUCAAAACGUUGAUUAUAAGCUUACAAGUUACAACUUUCAUAGGUUGAUAACGGUACGGUAGACUUUUAGGCACCACCCAUAAUAAAGAAAAGGAAAAGAAAUAAAAAAAAUUCAUUGAUAAAACUCCAUAAUAAUAAAUAAAUCCAUAAUAAAUCAAUCUAGUAUAGUCCACUCUAUCUCAUUUCCUUGGACUAAACAGUGUAUAAAUAUUGGACUAUACUAUGGCAUACAACUAUACAUUAUUUACUCGUAUAAUAUAUGGUCCAUUACUCGAUGCUCUCUCAUUCAACCAAAUCUUUUUCACCCCUCGAUUCCUCCUGUCUACUCUCUCCUUCAUUUUCUCUCUCCUCUUUCUCUCUCUACACCUCACUCUUCCCCACCGCCAUUCUCCGCCGCCGGAAUUCCUCCCUUUUCCGGCGAAUACUCCAAAUGCCCAGUAUUCCUCACUAGCUCAACUACCAUUUUCUUCUUUCAAUUGGGUAAUUAAUUCAGCAGAUUAAUUAUUAUUAAUGUCAAUAUACGACGCCGCAUUUGUGAACUCAGAGCUCUCAAAACCCACUUCAAUCUUCGGAUUACGAUUAUGGGUUGUCAUCGGAAUCUUCGUGGGGUCCACCAUCGUCCUCCUCCUUUUCCUUCUUUCACUCUGCAUCACUUCUAGAAAAUCCCAGAACAACAACAAUGGCGCCGGAAAACUUUCUCUCUCCUCUAAACACAAUAACAAUGCGGUUCCUGCUGACGUCACUCCGCCGAUCUCUAAGGAAAUUCAGGAGAUAAUCCCAGCCGUACAUCACCACCACCACCACCGUCCGAUGAUCAACGCUGCUCCUGAGAUCCAGAUCGAUAUCGGUAAACCCGAACAUCGAGUUGUUUUCUCUGAUAAAGCUCCGUCAAGUGGGGAGAGUUUAAGGUCUAAUAAUGUUAAUCAUUAUAAUUAUGGAAGUGAUAAUAGUAAUAAUAAUCAUAGUGGUAGUCAGCAUAAUACGUCGUCGUAUGGUGGUCCAGAAGUUUCUCAUUUGGGUUGGGGAAGAUGGUAUACUUUGAGAGAAUUGGAAUUAGCUACUAAUGGUUUGGCGGAUGAAAAUGUCAUUGGUGAAGGUGGAUAUGGUAUUGUUUAUCAUGGAAUUUUGCAGGAUAAUACUCAGGUUGCUGUUAAAAAUCUCUUGAAUAACAGGGGUCAAGCCGAGAAGGAAUUCAAGGUGGAAGUUGAAGCUAUCGGACGUGUUAGACAUAAGAAUCUUGUUAGGUUGCUUGGAUACUGUGUUGAGGGAGCUUAUAGGAUGCUAGUGUACGAAUAUGUUGACAAUGGCAAUUUAGACCAAUGGCUUCAUGGUGAUGUUGGUGAUGUAAGCCCUCUCACAUGGGAUAUCCGAAUGAACGUUAUUUUGGGAACAGCCAAAGGGUUGGCUUAUCUUCAUGAGGGCCUUGAACCCAAGGUUGUGCAUCGAGACAUCAAGUCUAGCAACAUACUUAUUGAUCGGCAGUGGAACUCUAAAGUUUCUGAUUUUGGCCUUGCUAAGUUGCUUGGUUCUGAGAUGAGCUAUGUAACAACUCGUGUCAUGGGUACUUUUGGAUAUGUAGCUCCUGAAUAUGCAUGUACUGGAAUGUUGACUGAGAAGAGUGAUGUAUAUAGCUUUGGAAUACUUAUAAUGGAAAUAAUUUCAGGGAGAACCCCUGUUGAUUAUAGUCGCCCACCUGGAGAGGUGAACUUGGUAGACUGGUUAAAGACAAUGGUGGGAAAUAGAAGAUCCGAGGAAGUGGUGGAUCCUAAACUGCCUGAGAUGCCAACUUCGAAAGCAUUGAAACGCAUUCUUUUAGUUGCUCUUAAAUGUGUUGACCCUGAUUCACAUAAGAGGCCAAAAAUGGGGCAUGUUAUCCACAUGCUUGAGGCGGAUGAUUUGUUAUUCCGUGAUGAUCGUCGAGCUGGAAGAGAAUCUGCCACUUCUGGUCAUGACCAUCCUCAAGCAAAGCCUGUUGUUGCUGUCAAAGCUGAUGCUAAGCAUUUGCGGGAAAGCACUACAGAUAAUAGUGAGAGUGAAACUAGUAGAGACCAUCAUCACGAACCAAACAGACGGAGAUAGUUUGUAAAUGGGUACCGUCUGCAUUCAUUUUUUACACUUGAAUUCUAGAAGCUCAGUUUAUCCAUUGAUUAUAUUACCUCAAUUUUCUCACCCUGUAACUUUAUUUUCUACCAAGUAAUAUAUUUGAGUCCAUAUUAUACCUAUCUAUUCAUUCAGUUUUCGCCCAUUUUUUAUAAAGAAAAACUUGCCAGCUGCUUAGGACCCAUUUGUAAAGUUAGACCUUUUUUUAGUUGAAUAAAUUUCAUUAUGGAAA